AUGGUCAGACUCAAGCUAAACAAGCGUGAGAUUGUUGGACUCAUGGGUGUCACAGGAGGCUCUGCGAAACUUGGAAAACAUCCGCUGCAUCUGGAGCGGAUAAUACACCAAUGUGCCCAGAUUGGCGGUGCUAACUUGAAGCAUAUCUCUGAGGGACAAGUAGAGAAAUGCGUGAACAAUAUCUCUAAUUAG